AUGGCCCCGUCCGAGACCUUCCUUAGACUCCAUGAACUCAGUCGGAAGAGUCGCGGGGCGGAAUACAUGGAUGCGGCGGCGCUCCCGUCCGCGUCUCAUCUGGAACGGGAGUUCGGGCUCUUCAACCCCGAGGGCAGCGGUUGCUGUCCGACGGUGGACGCGACAGGCGCGGUGACGUGCACUUGCUCGGGCUGUGAACGCUGGAGCAAGUACGUCGCGGGUACCCUCGGCGAAAGAUGGCCCACGUACAAGCAGUACGAGGUCCUCACCGCGGAGUACGUCGCUCAACUUGCGCGGUACCUCCGCAGCAGGAGGAGCGAGAUCAUCGGCGCCGACGACGUCGGCGAGCCGCUUCGAAGCUUAAGGGUUUUGGAACUCGGGGCGGGAGACGGCCGGCUGACUCGACACCUACGCGAGGAGCUCGACGGUCACUCCGUCGAGGUGUACGCCACGGACGACCACUCGCUGGGUCUCGCGAGAGGUUCCGCUCACGGCGUCGUCGCCGCCGACGCGCUUGACGCGAUUGCGCUCGCGGGCGGCGCCGCGAGGUCGCCCAUCGACGGGUCGUCCAACGUUCCGGCGGCGUGCGACGUCGCGCUGGUGUGCUGGCAGCCCAUGGGCGUGGACUGGACCGCCGCCAUUCGCGCGUCCGCGUCGUUCCAGGAGUACUUGUUGAUCGGUGAAGUGGACGACGGGAUAUGCGGGCACCGACGUCUGACGUGGGGUCUCGAGGACGACGACGACGCGGGGGACUCCGAGGACGACGGAAACGGCGAAGGGGCGGGGAGGGGGCACGCGAUGCCAUCCUACGUGACGGACGGAUGGACCAGGGUGGACGUCACGGAUGAGCUGGGCGGCAGGCAGAUAUGUCGAACCGACGAGCGAUGGCUCUCCGGACGGCGCUCCAGGUCGACUUCGUUUCGCCGGGGGGCCCGUUCUUAG